CGCCAACGAAAUACUAUGCGUGCUUGGGAGGUGAAGUCCCCACGGUCAUGAUAUGGUGGUGGCUGCCAUUCCAUGCUCGCACCGAAUCGAAAAGCGAUAACUAGCAAUCAGUAUCCCCAGUGAAUAGCUCCCCGCCACUGGACCCGGAUCGUUAGACUAUAUACCGAACCUGUGGCUGUACUAGUCAUUUCAAAAAUGAUGUGAAAGUACGGUACAAGUCCGCUGUCCCAGCAGAGCCAAUAAAGCAUUCUCCAAACCAAACAAGCGAAUACUCCAAGGCUCUUGUCGGGCUCAGCCAACACCCUUCAACCGACUCCACCUACUCCACUUCCUCUACCUCCUCUACCUCGCUAUUUAGCAGAAACCCUCCGCCAAAACCUCCAAGCCAUGCUGCUGCCAUACGACUCGUUCGCCCUUUUAGAUCUCGACAAUCACAGCAUCGACUUCCCCGUCAUACCGAGUGCAUGGCUUCCCAUAACCGCCCCGGAGAAGACGCUGACAAGCACACCUCAACCGUUCAAGCCGAAGGAGGCUGAAUACUGCGGCCACUAUCUUCACCCAGGCACUCCGCACACGCAAGUCCUCUGCCCUUCGUGCAAGCUCAAACAACGCCUUGAGUCAUUACAACACGUUACUAAGCUGUGGGACAAGAGAGGUGGUCCUGCGCCGGAAGCAAGUGAGAAGAACGAGUUCUACUACCAGAUAUGUCAGGCAUGGCAUGCAGAGAAGGCUUGCUUUGCCAAGUACGCCCACUUUCUCGACCUGUGGGCAGAGAAUGAGCGGCAAUGGGAGCUGGAGAAUCCCGGGUUGUUGGGCACAGCAGCGGUGGAGGUAAAGAGCGCCGGCGCUGCGUUGGGCUUCGCGAGAAGAAACACACCCUACCUGCAAUGGCUAGAUUCGGAUGCAGAGAUGGGGGCGAAGACUACGACUACCGGCAGCCAGAAGAACGUGCGCUUUGUUGAGGGCAUCGUCGAGUGGCCGAAACGUGGGAUAGAAUGCUUCAGGCGGUCUUCGACGCAGUAUUCGCAGGGCCGUUGGGCUGCUCCGUUCGGACAAACGUGGUCGGAUACUUCGUUUUUCGCUAGCCAAACCCAUGGAAACUCGACAUUGGAUGUAUCCGGGGAGGAUAUCGUGGGCGAUCCCAAGGAUGCAGAUGAGCCCUGGAAGCAUGUCGCGGCUGCCCGGGAGCGGAGAAUCGCGCAGGGAGAGAAGAUUGGGACAGGGAAGCGAGGAACGUUGCGUGCAGUGAGCGUGGGCUAUGUUUUUGCGCCCGGAAGGGCGCGGUGCAGCGGCUCAAGGAGUCCCGGAACUUAAUCUUCCUGAUAUCAAUGGUGGUAAAAGUACGCAAGAGCAGACGUCGGUCUAAUAAUAAUAUCCUCGAGAAGCAGCUCUGCUCUCUCAGAACUAACCAUUUCUGUACUAUCACAAAGGGGAGCCUGAAGUACUUCGGUGGCUCUUGCGGAGUCCGCAUCCUCAGUGAUUCAAGAGAACAAGCAGAGCAUGGUGAAGGAAGCCAAGCGCCAUUGACGCUUUCGCCGAAUAGAGAAAUUGCGCAUCGCGA